UCUGCUUUCCUAAAUAACUUAAAGAUAACCCUUAGCAGGGCGUGCAACUUUUGGGAAAUUAGAAUUAAUGGCAAGGCAUUAUAAUUUUGGAGAUCCAAUUACAUGCCAUGCAUGGAAUGAACAAUGUGAUCAAAUAGCCUUAAGUCUUAAUAAUAAUUUUGUAAACAUAUACGCCUAUACUGGUAGAAAUUGGCAGCUCAUUGAUACCCUUGAAGAACAUGAGUUGAGAGUUACAGCAAUUGAUUGGUGUCCCAAAACAAACCAACUAGCUACUUGUGGCGAAGAUAGGAAUGCCUAUGUUUGGACUUGCUUUGAAGAAGGAUGGAAACCAACUCUUGUUUUGUUAAGAAUUAAUCGUGCAGCAAUGUGUGUGAAAUGGUCACCUAAUGGCAACAAAUUUGCCGUGGGUAGUAGUGCAAAGCUAGUUGCGGUUUGCCAUUUUGAUGAAGAGAAUGAUUGGUGGGUCAGCAAACAUAUUAAAAAAUCAAUAAAAUCUACAGUUACAUGUAUAGAUUGGCAUCCUGACAAUGUAUUGCUGGCUGUUGGCUCAACUGACUUUAAAACUAGGAUUUAUUCAGCUAUAUUACCAGAACUUGAUAAAAAUUAUGUUCCAUCACUAUGGGGAAAUGCUGAAAAAUUUGGUAGUUUAUUAGCAGAAUUUACUAAUGAAUAUAGUGGUUGGGUCCUUGGGGUAAGCUUUUCCUCUACUGGUAACAAAUUAGCAUGGUGUUCUCAUGACAGUACUAUAAGUCUGAUUGAUAUCUCAUCAAAUCCUGCAAUCUCACCUUUUCAAACCUCAUCCCAAAUUACCAAUUACAAAACCACCUCAAAUAAUAUUUUGAAUGAUUACGAUACCCUUUUGAAUAAUACCUCUAACCUUUCCCCAACUCAGAUCGCAACAUUAUCAAACUCAUUAAUUACUUCUGGAUCUGGGUUAAUGAUUGUUGAAAAAACGCCUCAUUUGCCUUUUAAAUCAUUACAAUGGGUCAAUGAAAAUACGAUCAUAUUAGCGGGAUAUGAUUGCUGUCCUAUGAUAUACUCCCAACAGAAUAGUAAUAAAUCUUUAACCUUUGGGGGUAAAUUAGACAAGGCCUCAUAUGACAACGAUAAAAUUUCCGAAAAAUUGAGUUCCAAUGUCAGUGCCAUGAGCAAAUUUCAAAGUAUGGAUAAACACGCGACGUCAGCUAAGAUCGAAACAAUCGUCCACACCCUACAUCAAAACACCAUAAACGAAAUAAAACUCGUAGUAGGCGGUAAAGCUAAUGCGGAGGUUUUCUCAACUGUUGGAAUAGAUGGAUUGAUGGUCAUGUGGGACGUAUCGCUUAUUUAUGAAAACCAAGAAGAUGGGAAAUUAAAUACACUCGUUUUAAAUGGCCUAAUUAAUCAAUUACAGGUAACAUGAUAAACUAUGAUUGAUGAAUGCGACGGAAUUCUCAGAAGUUAUUAUAAUUCAAUCCGUAAUCUUUUUUGGUUCAAUUGUCUUUCAUAUGAAGGGAUAACGAAAAUCGUUAUAUUAUAUUUUAUAUAUAAGAAGAAAAUUUUUUAUAUAAAAAUUAUUAAUUGAUAAUAACAAAA